GGGUGAGGCAGUGAGCUUCACCACGAGAGCCAAACGGAUGAGUGAUAACGUGGCCAGCGACGCAGACAGCUCCAUCACGUGGUGGGGGACCUUGGCGUCCUACUUGAUCGAGCUGCAGCGCUGCCAUGAUCUGGGCCAGCGCAGUCAGCACUUGCGGAGCCGCAUCCGAGAGAUGAGCAGCUCCAUACCGAGCGGAGGCGUUGCCAAGAUGAUUAGCAAGCAGAAGAGGAAGUGGCGCACCACCCUGGCCGAGGUGCACAGCUUGAACACCGAGCAGCUCCAGGCCCUCGGCGCGGCAGCUCUCUCCACAGCCAGGAAGGGCAAGCGCGCGGAGGCGAACGAGGCGCUCAUCGCGUACACCAAGUGGGCGCAGGAGCAGGAGGCGGUGGGCAGUGGCAAGCUUCACAGACGCACGCGGGACAAGCCCAGGUGCGGCAACGAGGUCGGGACCAGCGACUGGACGGCCUCCAACAUGGUCGGGCACAUGGACGCCAAGGGCGCGCAGUGGAGGAAGAAGUGGACCAGCAGCUACGCACGCGCCGUCGUGCUGGACAAGUUGGAGGUCACCAGAGCAGCGGCCUUGGAGGAGGAUUGGGCUCCCAUCACGUUGGAGAACCUCAACAGCGCGAUCCUCAGCAUGGGCAAGAGCAAGGCGAAGGGCGUCGAGCAGUUGGGGGCCCUCGCCUACAAGUGGCUCCCUCCCAGUGCCAGGGUCGAGCUCCUCAAUGUCCUCAUACAGGUCGAGCGCACGGGGACCCGGCCGUGGCAGCUCAUGGUCACGUUGGUCAGCUUGCUGCGGAAGGACGCGGGGGGCGACCGUGUCAUCGGGCUGCUGUCGGAGGUGAUGAAGAUCUGGUCCAAGAUCAGGAGCCAGUACACGAACGAGUGGGUGUCGCACAUGGCAGGGAAGUGGGACGCCGCGAUCGCAGGCAACAGCGCCCUGAAGGAGGCCCUCAUUCGCUCCUUCGCCGACGAGGUGCUGGAGUGGGCACCCAUGAAGGUUUUCACGGUGACGGCGUUGUGGGACUUAGCGGAGUUCUACGACACGUUGGAGCCCUUCCUCAUCAUGGAGGAAGGGCUCCGUCUCGGCCUCCCAGCGCGCACUUUGCACCUGGAGAUGCUGAGCCACCUGGGCACGAGGCUUGUGCGCGAGCGGACGGCAUACGCAGAGCCGAUCUCGCCCGACAGGUCGAUCUGCGCGGGCGCCAGGCGCGGCAUCGACGUCGGCAGGGUGGCGCUCUACGCCACGCUGGAGCAUGCCAGCGCGAAGUACCAGCAGGUGUACGUCCGCUCGUGGGUGGACGAUGUCACCACCAGGAUGGAGGGGUCCAGGCGCGAGGCCAAGCUCACCCGUUCGAGCAAGCCCACCCUGAUCGGCAACGACAUGGGCGUGGUCAAGGAGGUUGCUCUCAGGCUGAGGAGCCGCAACAUCGUGGUCAAGGCGAGGGGGCCAGGUGGCCAAAGCGCUGAGGAUGGCGAGAAGAAGGCGAAGGGCCAGAGGCGGCGCGAGACAGGUCGUCCAGCGGGGAGCGCCGCCCCGAGCAGGCUACGCAUGCAAGUUUUCGGCAUGGCUCCCAGCACGGUUACCAAGUGGAGGAGGAGGCUGGCAUCGGUGGUAGCCCCGCGCAUUCGUGGCCGCUGCCUCACGACGUUGCUGCAGCUGGAGAUCGGCGUGGGGGAUCCUGCGUUCGGCACGGUCUUCUCGCUGCUAGACUCGUGGAUGCACAUCGUCAGCGACCCGCAGAGGAGGAAGAAGGCGCGCAUCGUAUUGCCUCGCAUCGUCUCGGCCAUGCUGAAGAAGAAGCCGCAGCACAGGUGGCGAGGAGUAACGGGCAUCACGCGCGCCAUGGUGGUCACGCUGCUGGACCUGGAGCGGCAGCCCCUGGGACCAUGGCACUGGGUCUCGAAGGCGGGCGAGGUCUUCGGCGGCGACGACGAGCACGCGCUCGACGACGACGUGGACCUCAGCGACCUGAAGUCGGCAAUCAAGGGCACGAUCGAGGUGAAGCAGUGGGCGAGGGCCGCGCAGCACUUUGCAGGCGGCGGCCUGGAGGGAGGUGCCGACCUCCGCUCUGCGAAGAUGAAGAUCAGCAAGCUUCGCAGGAAGGGCCAGUACGACAAAGUCGGCGCGUUCCUCGCGAUCAUGACUGGAGGAGCGUGGCCGAGGCAGCGCGUGGCGGACCUCGGCAUCGAGAUCGAGGGCGUCAUGUGCCCCAGCAGCACGGAGAGCACGACGGACGGAUGGCUCAUCGCGGCUGGCGAUGCGUCAGGCGGCGAGUACUCGAAGGACCCAAGGCUGAGGAGGGUGUCCUGGGGUUGGGUGGUCUUCAACAGCGUAGACUCAACCGAGGCGAAGGUGGUCGCGGGCAGCCGAGGCGCUCUCGCUGGUUGGAGGCAGAGCGUCAACCGCAGGGAGCUGGUGGCGCUGAAGGACGUGAUCAUCGCAGCUGGCGGGUACUUCGACAAAAUCAGGUACACCGCCGACUCGUCGUACGUGGUCAGGGGCAUGGACAAGCUUCGAGGAGGGAGGAUGCCCAAGACCCACGUCGAUCUGUGGAAGGAUGUCAAGCAGGGCAUCAUCGGCAAGCAGGUCGAGAUCAUCAAGGUGGAGAGCCACAUGGCGGCCCAGGAGGCGCCGGACGCAGAGGUCAACCCGAUCGACUGGCUCGGGAACGUCCUGGCGGACGACUUCGUGGACGGCAUCGCGGAGUCAGUGCAUGUACCGCGCGCGCAGGCGAGGUCUGUGGGCUUCGCGGAGGGCGUCGCAGGGCCCGUCAGGGACCGCGCCUACCUGGCGCUCAUGGCUUCCAUCGAGGAGGAGCCGUCGCAGGUCCCGAGCUUGAAGACCAGGCAGGAGGCCCACGUCAAGGCGCGCAG